AAGAGAGAUAGAGAGGAGCAAUGAUCACUGCUAGAGAGAAACAAACAUCUUUAUUUGUAACGCUGAUGCUUCACUUAACAGCUACAGCAGCUGAACAAGAUCUGUUCUCGACAGUCAGAGUUGGUGAUGAAGUCACUUUGCCUUGUGGAAAUGUGACCUGCACUAAGAAUCAAUGUGACAGCAUCACCUGGAUGUUCAGUGGUAAAGGAACAAUAACACUGUUUGAAAAAGGACAGAUUCAUGAAGCUGCAGCAGCUAAAUCAGACAGACUGAGCGUUACAUCAGACUGUUCUCUGGUUAUAAAGAACGUCUCAGUGGAGGAUGUUGGUCUUUACACUUACAGACGGUAUGUAAACGGACAGCAAGAGUCAGACGUCUACAUUUAUCUGUCUGUUAUUCACAUGGUUCAACAGAAGCAGAAAGAUCAAAUCAUCCUAACCUGCUCUGUGAUGGAUUAUAACGACUGCAGACACACAGUGAAGUGGCUGAAUGAAGGUAGAGAGGAAAUGUCGUCAGACAUGGAGGAAUCGGAUCAGUCCUGCUCUGCUACUGUAACGAUUCCAGCAUCUGACAGAAACUGGAAGUUAAACUCUGAAAACUUAAAGUGUAAAGUUACAAAUAGUUUCAGUAACAAAGUGCAGCUGUUUAACUUCAGGAUUCAGUCGUCUGGUGGAAAAACAGAUAAAAAUUCAACAUCCAAGACAACGACCACCACACGACCAGCUAGAACUACAACAAGAAUGUCAACAACAACAAAGAUAACAGCAACAAAAUUACCUGCAACUUUAUCAACAGUAACAGCAGAACCAAACAAAUUGACGUCUAUGGCAAUAAAUUCAUCUACAAAUGUUGAUUUCUCAAAACAUCCAGGAUGGGUUUGGUCGCUCGUUAUCCGUCCUGUGUGUUUGGCAGCGAUGAUAGUAACUGUUCUGGUGAUCAUCAGAUGGACAAAAACUAAAGGAAAUAAAACAAUAGAAGAAGAAAGUAAAACUGAGGAUGAGGAUGAUCUCACACCAAAGAGGCCAAAAACACCCAGAAACAAACCAGAACUCUCAGUCAUUUCUGAUUGUCUGCAAGAGAGACAGAGAGGAGCAAUGAUCACUGCUAGAGAGAAACAAACAUCUUUAUUUGUAACGCUGAUGCUUUACUUAACAGCAGCUGAUGGGCCUCAUUACUCAGCAGUCAGAGAUGGUGAUAAAGUCACUUUGCCUUGUGGAAAUGUGAUCAACAUUAGGAAUCACUGUAACAGCAUCACCUGGAUCUUCACUAAGAACAGCAGAACAUCAACACUGUUUGAAAAAGGACAGAUUCAUAAAGAUGCAGCAGCUAAAUCAGACAGACUGAGCGUUACAUCAGACUGUUCUCUGGUCAUAAAGAAAGUCUCAGUGGAGGAUGUUGGUCUUUACAACUGCAGACAGUUUAUAAACAGACAACAAAGAUCAGACUCUAACAAUUUGCUGUCUGUUAUUCAAAUGGUUGAACAAAAACAGAAAGAUCAAAUCAUCCUAACCUGCUCUGUGACGGAUUAUAACGACUGCAGACACACAGUGAAGUGGCUGAAUGAAGGUAGAGAGGAAAUGUUGUCAGACAUGGAGGAAUCAGAUCAGUCCUGCUCUGCUACUGUAACGAUUCCAGCAUCUGACAGAAACUGGAAGUUAAACUCUGAAAACUUAAAGUGUAAAGUUACAAAUAGUUUCAGUAACAAAGUGCAGCUGUUUGACUACAGGAUUCAGUCGUCUGGUGGAAAAACAGAUACAAAUUCAAUAGCAAAGACAAUGACCACCACACGACCAGCUAGAACUACAACAAGAAUGUCAACACCAAAAAUAACAGCAACAAAAUUACCUGCAACUUUAUCAACAACAACAGCAGAAUCAUUAAACAAAUUGACGUCUAUGGCAAUAAAUUCAUCUACAAAUGUCGAUUUCUCAAAACAUCCAGGAUGGGUUUGGUCGCUCGUUAUCCGUCCUGUGUGUUUGGCAGCGAUGAUAGUAACUGUUCUGGUGAUCAUCAGAUGGACGAAAACUAAAGGAAAUAAAACAAUAGAAGAAGAAAGUAAAACUGAGGAUGAGGAUGAUCUCACACCAAAGAGGCCAAAAACACCCAGAAACAAACCAGAACUCUCAGUCAUUUCUGAUUGUCUGCAAGAGAGACAGAGAGGAGCAAUGAUCACUGCUAGAGAGAAACAAACAUCUUUCUUUGUAACGCUGAUGCUUCACUUAACAGCAGCAGCUGUUGAAACUCAGUACUCAGCAGUCAGAGUUGGUGAUAAAGUCACUUUGCCUUGUAGAAAUGUGAUCAACAUUAGGAAUCACUGUAACAGCAUCACCUGGAUCUUCACUAAGAACAGCAGAACAUCAACACUGUUUGAAAAAGGACAGAUUCAUAAAGAUGCAGCAGCUAAAUCAGACAGACUGAGCGUUACAUCAGACUGUUCUCUGGUCAUAAAGAAAGUCUCAGUGGAGGAUGUUGGUCUUUACAACUGCAGACAGUUUAUAAACGGACAACAAAGAUCAGACUCUGACAAUAUUCUGUCUGUUAUUCAAAUGGUUGAACAAAAACAGAAAGAUCAAAUCAUCCUAACCUGCUCUGUGAUGGAUUAUAACGACUGCAGACACACAGUGAAGUGGCUGAAUGAAGGUAGAGAGGAAAUGUUGUCAGACAUGGAGGAAUCAGAUCAGUCCUGCUCUGCUACUGUAACGAUUCCAGCAUCUGACAGAAACUGGAAGUUAAACUCUGAAAACUUAAAGUGUAAAGUUACAAAUAGUUUCAGUAACAAAGUGCAGCUGUUUAACUUCAGGAUUCAGUCGUCUGGUGGAAAAACAGCAAAGACAACGACCACCACACGACCAGCUAGAACUACAACAACAAGAAUGUCAACAACAACAAAGAUAACAGCAACAAAAUUACCUGCAACUUUAUCAACAGUAACAGCAGAACCAAACAAAUUGACGUCUAUGGCAAUAAAUUCAUCUACAAAUGUCAACAAUUUCUCCAAAACUCCAGGUUGGUCUAUGUUUUAUAUAAUUGGUCCAGCAGUUACCAUAGUAACUGUUCUGGUGAUCAUUGGAUGGAAGAAAACCAGAGAAAAUAAAACAAAAAAGGAAAAAGAAAGAGAAACGGAUCCUGAGGACGACAUCCACUACGCCAAAAUCAGUCAGACCAAAAAAACCAAGAAAAAGCCAAGAGUCCCGGACACUGUGACAUACAGCACAGUGAAUACUUCUUCUUCUGCUCAGGCUACCGUCGAUCUUGACCAUCUCUACUCUACACUCAGUAAAUAAGUGAGAUUAGAUGUUGUUUAAUAAACCUUUAUUUCCAACAACUUUAAUCUACAUAAAACUGAAACAGAAUGUUUUCGAGAUCAAUGAGCGCUGAGGCCCUCUAGUGGAGAGAAGCAGGAAAUGUAAACUCUGUAGAAUUCACUUUUUUGUAAAAUACCAGAAACAUUGAAGGCUUGUGCAUAAUAUCUGCUAAUGGUUUGUUAGACAUGAUCUCCAAGGUCUAUGUUCUUCUGUGCUUAAAAGUUCAUAAUGUUUGACUAUUAUGGUAUAAAUAUCUGUGAACUUUUGUGGUUUCACACUUUGAGAGGAAAACAGAUGCUGAAUUUUUCCAUAACGUCAGACAUGUUGAAGUUUAUGUCUUAAAAAAGAAUCCACCAGACUAAAACCUUCUGCUGCUAAUGUUGCAACACUUAGAUCAGCUCAAAAGUAGACAGAAACUAACACCUCACCAACAAUAGACACACCUACUCUACAUCCUGUUGGUCAUCUCUAGUGUCAAAUUUAUUCUUAUACACAUCAAAACUUUCCAGUUGUGCAUCAUCAGACAGGAAGAUCUCUUUCUGCUACAAAAGCCUAACACCUUUUCUUUCUCAUGUUUUCCCCAUUCUUUUCUACAUUUUUAAAUGUUUUGUUCCAGAUUUUGUGUCCUACAUUUUGAUACUAAGAUAGCCUAGACAUAUGGUAUGCAGCUUUUUGCUAAAUGGAGAAAGAACAGAUGAUGGUAAGAUUAUUUAGAAAAGGCUCUUAAACCCAGAGUCAGUCACAGUAAAUGAUCACUAACACUGAUCCUGGUUCUGAUGGAGAUUCCUUCCUGUUAACUCAGAGUCAUUCCUUCCCUCUGGCGCCUCAUGCUUGAUCAGGAGGAGGGAUUGCUGCAAAAUGAAUGCUGACCUGCCUUUUAUUAUUUAACCAAUCAGCUUUAUUGAGUGAAUGUUACUGCUUUGUAUUAUAACCAGGACUGAACUGGAACGUAUGUAAUUGUAACAGUUAUUUGAUUAUAUGUUUCUGAAAAUAAAUUGGGGAUUUCCUUAUUGUGUAAAAUGCCUUGAAGAUAUUUGCUGGAAAUGAUCACUGCUGCAUAAAAAGCAA